UUUCGUCACGUCGCGUCGUACCCGUACCCGUACGUACAAAGAGCGCCUAGUUUGAAAGUGUAACCAUAAUUAUCAUUUUAUUUUUAUCGUUUUAAGAAGUUGAGUAAUUUGUUCAGCAUGAACCUUGAAGUCACUGAUGAAGAACUUUGGGGAUGUGUCAGGCAGUUCGACGUGAAAACAUUGCAGGAAUUUCUGUCAAAAGUGGACGUUCCGAAAAGCGGUUCUAAAGACUGUCUGCAAAAGCGGCUGUUCUAUGCAUUGAAGCUGGGACUCCCCAUAGUGCCCACGGCCAGUAACGAAGAACUGAGCAGACGUGAAAGCCGGGAGAGAAAGCUUCGCUUUGGAGAACAAUUUAAGUUGCCUCACCCCCUCACUCUCGAUGGCUGGGAAGGUACAUCCGCAAAUCUUCCACCAAUUACAGAAGAAAAAGUAAACCAUUAUUUCCGGACACGAAACAAAGAACUUGAGAUAAGUACAGAUGGCAGCAAAUCUCUCGGUCAAGGAAGGAGCAUGGCAGUUUCCAGGGGCAGGGUGCACACAGUUGAACACCACCACAUUAGUGAUAUUGUAGGGCUCAGCUACAUUCGAGGACUGGUUGUACCACAAACAAGAGUUCAUGAGCAGCCAUACAUGGUGUGGAUCCUUGUAUUUAAAAAAACAGGUGUUAUACAUCAGGCAGAUUGUCAUUGCAUUGCAGGGCUCAGCGGUAUGUGUAAACACGUUGCAGCACUAUUGUCAUUUGUGACACAACAAGUGGAAUGUGGUUCCAGUGAGUCAUGCACAAGCCAGCUUCAACAGUGGCACAGGCCAAGCAGCAGCAAUCUUAACCAGAAAUUAAAGACAUCGGCAUUCCUGAAAGACAUUAAAACACCCAAAGUGUCAUCUUCAAUGUGUGACAAUAGGAAGGGUCGAAGGGACAUGUUUGAUCCCCGCGCUGUGGUAAACAAGAAAGUAAGAAAGAUGCGAUUAUGA